GACAAAGAAGAGCAUUACUAUCACAACCACCAAUCAAAAUGACCGCACAUCCAGAGGCUUUGCGUGACUUGUCCUAACUUGCUCUUUUUUUCAAGUUCGGACCUUGUUUUCUUUUUUUUUACCCCCCUACCUUUCUGUUCUAUAUAAAAGCAUGGCAUCUACAUUUCGUCAAGGCUUGAGUACGUGUUGUCUUUAUUUAAAAACGAUGGGUGACUAACGUUUGAAUAGAAAAGGUCUAUUUACCCAACAUUGUGUUUAAAAUGGUUCGAGCACCUAAUCUCCAACCUAAUCAAGUUGCUUUCCGUGUGCCACCCAGCUGCAACAAGUUUGAUAUUCACUCUUAUUUAACCAACAUUUACGGUGUUCAAGUACAAGAAGUACGCACAAUGAAUUAUGGAACAGUUCAUAAAAAGGGACGUAACGGCAAAGUUGAAGUAUCACAAGCAGCUUAUAAAAAAGCUAUUGUUACGCUUGAUCAAGUCUUUGAAUGGCCCAAGGAACCUGAGUGGUGUAAAUUGGAUCAAGAACAAGCCAAGUUGGGAUCAAAGGCCGCUAUGCGUAAGACAAAGGGAUGGCGUAUCAGAGCACCCGAAAAUGAAAGAGUCGAGUUAAAGAAUGUCAACGAUCAAUUACAAGCAAGGAUGGAAGCUGAACAGAAGCAAAAAUAAUAGAUAGAAAUAAAUAAUGUAAAUAAUCAUUUAUGUAAAAACACAAACUUGUUCCUCUAAUUUGAACAUCCUUGCGCGGCUUAUUCGUUUAAUCUUUUUUUUUACCGCUUGAAACUGCUUUCUAAAUAUAAAAAA